AUGGCCGGGGACCGGACUGAAGCAGGCCAGGCCCCGCUCCCUCCCCUCCCCUCCCCUCCCCGCGGGGGCCUGGCCCAGGCUGCCUUGAGCAAACAGCAGAGGCUCUUCCUCGGGGAGAGGGGGGCACCCCGCCCCCGCCCCCCCCCCGCCGGCCCAGAUGGCCCCCUGCCUGUCGGCCCAGCCACGCGUCGCCCAACAGCCCGGGGCAUAUUUGACGAGCAAAUAUUGGGCCCGGGCGGCUGUGGCUGGGCCCGGGCGCUCCGCAGCCGACCCCCUUCGCCCCCCCUCGCCCCCCCCCCGCCUGGGCUCUCCAGCGAGCAGGCGGCCCCGAGGACGCCAUCUGGCCCCAAUUAUCCAUUAACCAGGGCGCCCUCCGCCUGCGCCCUCCCCAAGCGGCCCGAGCGCCAGCCCCGCCGGCCUCCCCCUUGGGCCCGGCCGCAGCGGGGAGGGGGCGCCGAGGGAGCCGGCCCCCCCGGGGCUCUGCGCUCCGCCAGCCGCCGCCCUCCCCGCCGCAAGGAGCAGCCCCAGGGGCGGCCCGGGGGCGCAGGGCAGCGUGCGCAAAGAUGCCCCAGGCGGACCCGCCCGCCGGCCGGCCGGCAGGCAGCGCCCCGCCAAGCCGCUCCCGCCAAGCGGCCCGCCAACGACCAGCCCGGCCCUCGAGGCCCCAGACAGCGGCCGCUCACACGCGGCCGGGCGGCGGCGGCCGGGCGGCGGCGGGCGGCGGGCGGCGGGGGCCGAGGCGGCCUCCCACACCUCGCCGGGGGCGCGCAAAGGAAGGCCGGCCAGGGCGCUCCAGAGCGCACGGCGCCCCAGGGCUCCUGCCGGCCAGGCAGGCAGGCAGGGGCGCGCAGGGAAAGCGCCCGGCGCCGCCGGCACAGCUCCGCUUUCGGGCGCAGCGCAUUGGCGAGGAGGGCGCCGGCCGGCUCUGCUGCGGGGACGGCCGCCCAGCCCCGCGCCCUGCUGCUGGUUAGAGGGCGGCUGCCGGGGGAGGGGGAGGGGGGAGAGACGGCCCUGGGCUCCGCGCUCCCCCUCCUGGCCACGUUUCCUGGGCCGGCGGGCCUGGCCGGCUCCCACACCUCUACCCGGCCGAGUGCCAACUGCCGCUCCUCCGCAACCAGCUCGCCCCCAGGCGGGAAGAAGAGGGCCUGGGUCCGGCCAAGCGGCCCCUGCAGCCCCGUGAGAGAACUCCGCCACUGGCCUCCCUGCCGCUCGUGGGCCGGCAGACUCGGGACUUCUCCGAAAGCCCCCUGCCACAAGGUGCGGCCACCCCCUGCUUCUCGGAAGCCCUUGAAAAGGGAAGUGGACCCAUCUCGGCCAGGACAGGCGUCUCCCAGGCUCCUGCCAGGAGGGCUAGAGGAAGCAGCCAGGCUUAGAGGCCCCGGCCUUCAUGCCCAAACCUUAGGGGCCCCCGGUGGCAAACAGGAAGCCGGACUGCCUGGCCCUGCUGCUCAGUCAGGCGCCGGCUGCAGCCGGAACAGCCGACCACUUCCUUUCUCUCCCAAAGCAGUCUACAAAACAGCUCAAGACGUGGUGAAAGACGAGAAGGCACUGGCUACAAUAGUGCUGAGUGUAGCUGACGACCAGCUUGUCCAUGUCUCGGGAACUCUGAAAGCGAAAGCAGCCUGGGACCCCUUAUCCCAAGUCUACGUGCAGAAAACAGCUGGCUCUUUAAUAGCCAUAACAAGGCAUAUACUCAGCAGCGUGGCUUCCUCAUCACAGGGCACCAAGAGAUGCAGAGGCGAUGCCAACGGCUGCCAGCCAGCUCUAGGGGCAGCACUGGCCAGAGGUGGGGGCAGCCGGCACUCAGCCUGGGCAGUGCAGUGGGGCUGUUGCUGUGAGGAUGAAGAGGAGGGUGGCGGCGGCGAAGAAGCUGUCUGGGGCCUCCACUGGGCAGAAAUGUGA